UUAUAGGAGGGGUCACAUUUACACAAUCCAACACUCGACUUCUUAAAUUCGUGUGUACUGUUGCUUGGACGGACAGGCAGCAUCCAAUUUUUUACUCUACAGGUUUCCUGCACGCGGGACUUGACAUUUUAACCAGAGUUUGAAUUUCAUCAGUCCUCUCGGAAAAAGCGAGGCCUGAAAAGUCUUCCAAACUUCCGACACAUUGAUCUAAUUAAAAGUCAUCAUGGCUGUAGAAGGAGGAGCGAAAUGUAUCAAAUACCUGCUCUUUUUCUUUAAUUUCAUCUUCUGGCUGUGUGGCCUGGCCUUAAUAAUUAUUGGGGUAUUGGCUAAAUUGUCUAUCGACACCUCAGCCAUCAUCAAAGGAUACUUGGGGUCUCCUAUAUUGCUGAUAGUGGUGGGAUCCAUCAUCUUCUUCAUUGCAUUCUUUGGCUGCUGUGGUGCCUGGAAGGAGAAUCAGUACAUGAUGACCAUGUUCACUGUUCUUCUGUCCCUCAUCAUCAUCAUUGAAAUCGGAGCCGCCAUCGCUGGAUAUGUCUUAUGGGGGAAGCUGAAUGGUCUACUGCAUGAACGCUUUGACAUCCUGAUCGCAGGAUACAAUGAAACAGAAAAUCGUCAAAUCAUUGAUGAGAUACAGCAAGAGCAAAAGUGCUGUGGACAAAACUCGUCUCUUGAUUGGCUGAACUCAAAAUUUUUGGCUCACGAUUCAGUCCCAGACUCCUGUUGUAAAAACAUCACUAAGGAUUGUGGUGAAGGAGCUAUCCGAGACACCAGAAAAAUCUACAUGGAUGGAUGUCAGCCCAUUAUGGAUAAGUUUCUAAAGCAAAUCAUCCUGUAUAUCUCUGUGCCAGCUCUGGUCAUUGGACUUGUGCAGAUCACAGGCAUUGUGUUGUCCUGCAUUCUGAUGCGAGCCAUCCGCAGUGGGUAUGAGGUCAUGUGAUCGCAUCUAGUUACAGAAUCUGACAAAACUCAUUAAGCAUAUCACUAAUGCGUUGACCAAACAGCCCAGUGCUCCAGAAAACUGUUUCUUAUUUGAUAGGUCAGGAACAAGGAGCAAUAUUCUUUGUGUUGUUUUGAGAUCUCAAAAAUAAAUAAUACAUUUAAUUAAAAUGAGUAUAUGCUGCAUUAUAGAACUUAUAUUAGGGGAUUAUAUUAGGGAAUACACUAUAUCUCCAGAAUUUUUAAAGGCUGUAAACCUUCUGAUUUAAAACAUAUUUUAAACAAAGGCACAAAACGCCUCAAAACGCAAUUCACAAAUGACUGUGCAUGAACAACUAUUGUUAGCAGAAUAAAUAUUCAGAAUGAAAAUG